UAAAUCCUUGAUCUUUGUUCGCUUUUCACGAUCGGUUACGAAUCGCAAGUGGCCUCAUUGGAGAUCCCGCUGUGGUAUCUUCCCGGAAAGUCGCCGCCUUUACGCGGAAAGGAUCGAUUUUUACGCCUCGUUAUUGUACGCCUGCAUCGGCUGUCAAGGCCAUCGGUUGAUACUGAAUUUUGUCGACAGUUCUGAUUCUGAUCGAAAUUCUUCCCAUCUUACCGUUCCUAGCAAUUGGUCUUAGAAUUCAUCGUUUUAGCCUCCGCUUUCGUCUUCUUUUUCUUAAAAAUCAGCCCGUGGUGGAGUCAAAGGACGGGACCAUCUCUGUGGCUUCUGCAUUUUCAGGUCAUCAUGAAGUUGUCCAAGAUAGAGAUCAUAAAUUUUUAUCAAAAGCUGUUGAAGAGGCAUAUCAUGGAGUUGAAUGUGGUGAUGGAGGGCCUUUUGGUGCAGUUGUUGUUUGUAAUGAUGAGGUAGUAGUAGGUUGUCAUAACAUGGUGCUGAAGCACACAGAUCCUACCGCUCAUGCUGAGGUCACUGCAAUAAGAGAGGCCUGCAAAAAGCUUGGGAAGAUUGAACUUUCAGAUUGUGAGAUCUAUGCUUCCUGUGAGCCUUGUCCGAUGUGCUUUGGAGCAAUUCACCUUUCGCGAAUUAAGAGGCUGGUCUAUGGAGCAAAAGCAGAGGCUGCUAUAGCUAUAGGAUUUGAUGAUUUCAUUGCCGAUGCUCUGAGAGGCACCGGAUUCUACCAGAAAGCUCAUAUGGAGAUCAAACAAGCUGAUGGCAGUGGCGCCGUGAUUGCUGAACAAGUAUUCGAGAAGACCAAGGAAAAGUUUCAGAUGUAUUAAAUAUAUAUGCUACAUUGUUUUCUGAAUCGCCCUGCUGUAUGCAAAAUAAUCAACAAACUUUGUGAAUAUUGAUUGUCUUCUGUUAAUCAAUUGAUAUUCAAGUGGA